AUGGUCCAACAGUCUACCUUGUUCAAGGGGCUCCCCCUCCUGGCCGUGGCAGCUCUGGCCGUGGACUAUCCCACUCUGCCCGAUGAUCUGACCACGCCGUACCAGCAGCGCCUGGCCAUCAUGAGCCCGACGGCGGUCUCGAUCGGCUGGAAUACCUACGAGAAGCUCAACUCCAGCUGCGUCGACUACGGGACCUCCAGCAGCGACUUGAGCCAGCAGGCCUGCUCGACCAAGUCGACGACUUAUUCCACCUCGCGCACCUACUCCAACGCCGUCACCCUCACCGGCCUCACCCCAGCCACCACCUACUACUACAAGAUCGUCUCCGACAACUCCACCGUGCAGCAAUUUCUCAGCCCGCGCACCCCCGGCGACCAAACCCCCUUCACCUUCGACGUGGUCAUCGACCUCGGGGUCUACGGGGCGGACGGAUACACCAUCACCAGCGACGCAAGCACCAGCAAGCGCGAGAUCCCCGCCGUCGAGCCCGACCUCAACAUCACCACCAUCGGCCGCCUCGCGGACACAUACGACGACUACGAGCUGGUCAUCCACCCGGGCGAUUUCGCCUACGCCGAUGACUGGUACCUGAAACUGCAGAAUCUCCUGGACGGCACGGAUGCCUACCAAGCCAUCCUGGAGCAAUUCUACGACCAGCUGGCCCCGAUCGCCGCGGGCAAGCCCUACAUGGUCGGCCCCGGCAACCACGAGGCGGACUGCGACGAGCUUUCGUUGCUGAUCGACCUCUGCCCCGAGGGCCAACGCAACUUCACCGAUUUCCUGCACCGUUUCGACGCGACGAUGCCGCAGGCCUUCCCCUCCACCUCCACCAACACCACCGCCCAGACCCUGGCCGCCACCGCGCGCACCCUCUCCAAUCCCCCGUUCUGGUACUCCUUCGAGUACGGAAUGGUGCAUUUCACCAUGAUCGACACCGAAACCGACUUCCCCGACGCCCCUGACGGGCCGGACGGAUCGGCCGGGCUGGAUGGCGGCCCCUUCGGCCAGUCCGGGCAGCAGCUCGCCUUCCUGGCCGCCGACCUGGCCAGCGUCGACCGCACCGUGACCCCCUGGGUGAUUGUCGCCGGCCAUCGACCCUGGUAUUCCACGGGGGGGUCGGACGACCUCUGCGCCCCGUGCCAGGCCGCCUUCGAGGAUCUGCUGUACCAGUACGGGGUCGACCUGGGGGUGUUCGGCCACGUGCACAACGCGCAGCGCCUCCAGCCCGUCUACAACGACACGGUGGAUGCCCAGGGGUUGAACGACCCGGCUGCGCCCAUGUACAUCGUGGCCGGCGGGGCGGGCAACAUCGAGGGCCUCAGCUCGGUCGGCACCGAGCCGGAUUACACGGCCUUUGUCUACGCGGAGGACUACAGUUACAGUACGAUCCGGGUGCUGAAUGCGACGCAUCUGCAGGUGGAGUUCAUUCGCUCGGAGACGGGGGAAGUGCUGGAUUCCAGUGUGCUCUACAAGAGCCAUACAGAGCAGUUUGUCCGGCAGUAG